AUGUUGCUAGCUUUCGUUCAGCGUGCAUCGACGUUCGUCCUGAACGUCCUGCUUCAGCGAGCGAUGCUCUCGGCGGCAGCCUCCGACACUCGCCAGCCUCGCAACUCCGCCCUCGAAGAGUACGGAGCAGCGGCAAUAACCCUCGACCUCAUCUCCUCAACGGCUCUUUUCCUCGCGAGAGAGCCGUUUCGAGUCGCCCUGGCGCGGUCGAAGGUGCCAAUCGCUGACGAAAAGACGUGGGUGGCAGGGGGCAACAAGGGUGUCGCCCCGGGGCAGCAGCUGACGGGGGAAAGGGAGCGGGCGCGGCGGCGGCGGCGGCGGCGAGAGGCGUACCGUCGGCGCUUUGUCAACACCGCUUGGAUAUCCGCCCCGGUAGGGCUGGCGUUCGCGGGGCUCGUGCGGUUGGCGUACCCGUGGGUUAUCCGCAACGACGACUUCCAAGGCGUUGAGGAGAACCGGCAGGCUGCAUCGCUUGUUUGUCUUGCCGCAGCCGUGGAGUUGAUGUGCGAGCCACUGGCUCUAAUCUUCCAAUACCGAUUGCUCGUCGACGUCCGAGUCAGGGCAGAGGCGGCCGCCGUUCUUGUGCUCGGGGUUUCUAGAUACCUCCUCGUGACGCGGGCCGGCAUGGGAGUCCUCUCUUUCGGCUACGCGCAGCUGUUCCACUCCGUGACCCUCUUUACAUGGUACGUCCUUUUCGCGGUGAAGGACGUGGCGCGAGCUAGAGCAGGAGCAGAAACGACCCUGCCGCCACCGCCGCCGUCAACGCUCGUAGCCGCGACGGGACAACCACCAGGCACAGCGCGGCCACUCGCACAAGACGGCGGCGACGACGAAGGCUUCGCGCGAGUGCGGGGGUGGCUGCCGAGUCGACCAAUCCGAGACGACGAUAGCGACGAAUCGGGUCUAGUAGACAGUGGGAAGCUCAGGCUGGCGUGGGCGCUGGCCGGACAGUCGCUGCUGAAGCACGUCCUGACCGAGGGGGACAAGAUCGUGCUCGCUAGGGCGACCUCCUCGGAGCAUGGGUGUCACCGCCAUAGCGGGGGCGGUUGCAGCCAGGGUGGGACUCUCUACGAGCAGGGGGUGUACGCGAUCGCUAGCGGGUACGGGUCGCUGGCCGCAAGGCUGUUGUUUCAGCCCCUGGAGGAGGCGGCGCGCCUGAUGUUCAGCAAGCUCGGGGCAGAGGCAGGGGAAAGCCGGCAGGGUGCGGUGCCACCUGCUGUGACUGCAACAAGCAAGGCGCUGACAAUGGGGGCGACGCAUUCGUCGUUGGGGAGGGGGGGGGGGCAGGGACGCCAGGAUGGCGGUGGCGGCUAUGGUCAGGAAGGAGACAGCACCGAUGGUGCGGCGAAUGGAAAGUUAAGGUUGCGAGCGAAGAUGGCUUCCCUUCUGGCAACCUUGCUCAAGCUCGUGCUGAUGGCGGGCCUCGUGUUCGUCUGCUUCGGCUUCCACUACACCGAGACUCUGCUACGCUUGCUCCUGGCGGGCAAGGGCGGCGGCGGCGGGUUUAGUGCCGUUUCAGAGGUGGCGCGAGUUCUGUCGUGGUACUGCGUAUACGUCCUGUUCCUCGCUGCCAACGGCAUGUGCGAGGCGUUUGCUUGCGCUGUCGCGCAAGGGGGUCAGCUCACCGGGAUGGGUGCCGGCCUUGUCGCGUCGUUCGCCGCGUUCUGGGUGCUUGUGGGACCCCUCACGGGCAGGUUCGGAACGCGAGGCCUGGUGAUGGCGAACGCCGCGGGGAUGGCUUGCCGAGUGAUAUGCAGCGGGCUUUUCAUCCGUCGCUUCUUUUUACGGCGCACGACUCCGGCGACACCUUCGUUGAAGCCAGCGGCGGUUGGCGACCGCGCGGCAAGCGGCGAAAGCAGUAGGCUCAGCCCAAGCGGCAGCCCUCACCGGUCCCCCUCGGAACCUUCCCGUGCGCCCCCGAACGGCGGCGAACGGCGAAAAAAAACGGCCACGAAAAGGAAUCUGUGGAGAGAGGUCGUGACCGGCGCUGUCCCGCACCCCGGCGUGGUUUCCAUCAUGGCCUUGUCCUCUGCCGCGGCAUACGCCACGUCACCUGCCGCUCGUCAUGUCGCUGGCGGUAACGGUGGCGCACCGUUGGACGCGGCCAAGCACGUCGGCGUUGGGUUGGUGUGCUUUUUGGUUACGGCCGCGGUUUUCGUCAAGUGUGAGGGGGCGUUUUUGAGGGAGCUUGGAGCGUUGUGGGCCGCUCGACGGCCGCCGGGUCCCGACGCCGGGCGCGGGGCGGGGAGCGGCGAUGCUGCUGCUUUGGACGGGGCAGAUAAAUCGGAUUGA